AUUCGAGAAAAAAUAUUUGUCAUGAGUCGCCUUAUUUUAAGACAGUUGAAUAUCACAGAGAAGCGUUCUUUUUCUCUUUUAAAAAACAACCGAGUUCUUACUCAGUUUGCCACCCGUCCUUUAACUAUGUCUACUGCCACUAGACGUUUAAAUCAAACUAAGAACUAUUUCAAUCCUGCUGCCAAUCAUCAAUUCAAAAAGAUGUCUACUGUAUCUAACUUGGAAGCUGUUCAAGCUGAAGUGAUUCCCAAAAGUAAUUUAGCAGUACGCGAAAUUGUUUUGAACCGUCCUAAAAAGUUGAAUGCUUUGAACAUUUCUAUGGUUCGCGCUAUCAAACCUGAACUUCAAGCGUGGGAAAAGUCUGAUUUAGCAAAGAUUGUUUUACUCAAAAGUUCUGGUGGAAAAGGCUUUUGUGCCGGGGGUGACGUGAAGACUGUUGUUGAUUUAGCUGAUGCUAAAGAUCCUAAUGCCACCAAGUUUUUUGAAGAAGAAUAUCAAUUAGACCAUUUGAUUGCUACACUCGACACGCCUUAUGUUGCCAUUAUGGAUGGCAUCACCAUGGGCGGCGGUGUUGGUCUGUCUGUGCAUGCUCCUUUCCGUAUUGCCACUGAAAACACAUUGUUUGCCAUGCCCGAAACUGCUAUUGGUUUCCUUCCUGAAGUAGGUGGAUCCUUCUUUUUGUCUAGAUUAGAUGGCCAACUUGGUCUUUACCUUGGUUUGACGGGCAAGCGUCUUAAGGGCACUGAUGCCUUGUAUGCUGGUGUUGCUACCCACUAUGUUCCUUCCUCUCGUCUUGGAGCAUUAGAAGCUCGUUUAGCUGAACUCGACAAUGCUACACACGACAUGGUCAACCAAGCCAUUGAAGAAUUCUCUGCUGAAUUAGACAACGAACCUGCCUUUUCUUUAUCAGGUGAAGUGCGUCAAGCCAUUGACCGUUGCUUCAAAUACGAUACCAUUGGUGAAAUCAUGACAGCCCUUGAAAAAGAACCCGAGAACGACUGGACCAAGGAAACACUCAAGCUGAUGCGCUCCAUGUCUCCUACCUCACUCAAGGUGACUUUGCAACAAAUCCGUAAUGGUGCCAGUUUAAGUUUAGCUCAGUGUUUUAAGAUGGAAUACCACCUUGUUCAAAAAUUCUUGCAAGGACAUGAUUUCAAGGAAGGUGUUACUGCCACUUUAGUCACACGCUCAAAGCCCAACUGGGUGCCCAGUGAAUUAAGCCAAGUGGACGAUCUCAAGAUCAAAAAAGACUAUUUUGAUUCACCUUCAUCUCAACGCUUAGAAUUAUUAUCCAACCGUGACUACAAGAAUUAUCCUCACCGUAAAUAUAUGCUGCCUUCAGAAGAAGACAUUAAGCGUGUUGUUACGGGUGAAGCUGCUGAUGUUGGUCAAUAUGCUUUGAACCGUCAACAAGUCGUUGAUCAUCUUGUUAGAGAACGUCAAGGAAAGCAAGGUGUUACACAAAAGGUCUUGGAAGUAUUGGAUCGCAAGACUGUAGAAAACAAAAAAGAUGACAACAAGAGCUUGAAAUGGGUUUAUUAAAGAAAAUAAAUAAAUAAAAAGUCUAGGG